GCAGAAAGCCCAAGGGAAGAGGCAUUACCCAACUCUUUGUUUUCCCGAGUGUAGCAUCCAUCCCUUGGAACUCCAAGGACACCAGGCUACCAUCGGCUUCACAGUACAGGGUGCCGGAAGGACCAUAGGAUGGAAGGGGACAUUGACUUGUAAAUUGGGAAAGAUAAGUAUUUCAAGUUCCUACACUUGUGAAGGUGUCAGUGGCAUUUGGGAGCAGGUAAGUCACUAUCCUGUCACUUCAGAUAGAGAUAGGCUGAGACCAGAGAGGUGGUUUCCUAGGGAAUGUCAGAGGGCCAGAAAAUAGGUCUGUCUUUGGAUGUCCGGUGUUGUCUCCUUACUUUCUGUUCUUAGGUUGAAUGCGUUGCUUCUGUGGAAAUGUCCCUCUCCCCUCAAGCGCUCAUUUGAGACCGUUUAUUUUAGGCAUUUCUUUCUUGAGAAUACUGUUUUCCCCUCCCUGUGAGGCUCAUUUCUGAUAUCCUUCUUGGCAUUCUCCACACACCAGUAGCAUUUCCUCCCGUCACAAACCCUAACUGUUCUGUCACAUCAUUAGGCAUUGAACAGUGACCCAGCAAUGUGGCCUGUCUCUGAAUCACCGAAUACAGAAUGUGGCACAUGAGGAGAGCAGAGCUAACACGGCAGUCCUAACCUACACAAUGUGAUUUCUGUAGAGGCUGGAGGGAGGACACCGGAUGAGCCCCUAAGGUGAAGGAUCACAAAACUGCUGUGUCCUAGACAAAAGGUGGAAGAGAUAAUAAUGGCCCCAUGUGGGAACCACAGUGAUGGGACUACAGAGUUUGUCCUGGCAGGUUUCCCAAAUCUUAACAGCACAGGAGUGGAACUGUUUUCUACGUUCUUUCUUAUUUACCUGUUGACUCUAACGGGCAACGCGUUGAUUGUGGGGGUGGUAGGAGCUGAUCAUCGUCUGCAGACACCCAUGUAUUUCUUCCUGGGUAACUUGUCCUGCCUAGAGAUUCUGAUCACCUCUGUCAUCAUUCCUAAGAUGCUUAGCAAUUUCCUCUCAAAACAACACACCAUUUCUUUUGCUGCAUGUAUUGCUCAGUUUUAUUUUUACUUCUUUCUUGGGGCCUCUGAGUUCCUCCUGUUGGCUGUCAUGUCUGUGGACCGCUACCUGGCCAUCUGCCGACCUCUGCACUACCCCUUGCUCAUGAGCGGAGCUGUGUGCUUUCGCGUGGCCUUAGUCUGCUGGGUAGGGGGACUCCUCUCCGUGCUUGGCCCCACAGUGACAGUGGCCUUACUUCCUUUCUGCAAACAGGACGCUGUGGUACAGCAUUUCUUCUGUGACAGUGGCCCGUUGCUACAACUGGCAUGUACCAACACCACGAAACUGGAGGAGACUGACUUUAUCCUCGCCUUUCUUGUCAUUGUGUCCUCACUCACUAUUACCGCUGCAUCCUACGGCCAAAUUGUCCUGGCCGUCCUGCGCAUUCCUUCUGCAUCAGGCCGGCAGAAGGCCUUCUCCACCUGUACCUCCCACUUGAUGGUGGUAACCCUCUUCUAUGGGAGUGCCAUUUUUCUCUAUGUACGGCCAUCACAGAGUGGCUCCGUGGACACUAAUUGGUCAGUGACAGUGGUAACAACAUUUGUGACUCCUCUGCUGAAUCCGUUUAUCUAUGCCUUGCGCAACGAUCGAGUCAAGGAAGCGUUGAAAGACAUGCUCAGAAAGGUAGUAGCAGAGAUUUCGGACAACUCUUUGCUUCUGGAAAGUCCGAGGAAGAAGACAGAAAGUUGAAAGUAGAGGGACUCAGUCUCAGAUUCACACAGCCUCACUGCCAGCUCUUCCUUCAUCUGGACCAUCUUGAAAGCACCCACAGUGAGCUUCAAAGAUACCAACUCUAAAUUCCUUUUUCAAGUGAAAUGUAUUGACUCUGCCUUGUGCCUAGUAAUAACAACUCACACUAUUUUUAA